CCGGAGGUAAGCGGCCGUGUGCGGGUGGUCCCGGUGAAUGUGCAAGGCCGCGGUGGCUGCGUGACAAGCCUGUGCUACCAGUGCUCCCGCUGGCCAGGAAAACGGCGCCUGUGAUAGAUCCUUUCGUAACACCAGGACAGCCCUAUUACUGGUGCUUGGACAGCUUUCUAGCAAGGCUCUUGGAAAUCUGAGGAGGAGAUGGAGCUGGCGAAUACUCUAAGUCAAGACGGCGAGUCCGGAGGAGGUGUUUUAGCUCACUUGGAAAGACUAGAGACUCAAGUGAGCAGAUCCCGUAAAAAAAUGGAAGAGCCACAGAGCGCACAGGCAGAGGAAAGUGCUCUUGGAACCAGGAUUCAUGAACUGAGACGUCUGCGAGAUAAGCUGAGGGCUGAAGUGAAACAACAUCAAGCUAGUUUAAACUUCUUAAAGUCAACUUUGUCAAAUAUUAGUAUCACUACAACAGCUCUUGUUCUUGUUAAAGCAUCUACUACCAAUGUAGAACCCGACCAAACAUUAGAGAUUACUGAGCAAGAAAGUUUGAAGAGAAAAUGGGAAAACGUGAAAGCCAUUCUGCAGGCAUAUCGUUUUACAGGGAUCAGUGGGAAACUGACCAGCCGAGGAGUCUGUGUCUGCAUCAGCACUGCUUUUGAGGGGAAUCUGCUGGAUUCCUAUUUUGUGGACCUUGUCAUGCGGAAACCACUUCAGAUACAUCACCAUUCGAUUCCAGUCUUCAUUCCCCUGGAGGACAUAUCUGCAAAAUACUUACAGACUAAUAUUCAGCACUUCCUGUUCACUCUCUGCGAGUACCUGAAUGCUUACUCUGGGAGGAAGUACCAGGCAGAUCGACUUCAGAGUGACUUUGAAGCCUUUCUGGCUGGGCCUUUGCAGAGAAACUCACUGUGCAACUUGCUGUCAUUUACUUACAAAGCGGAGCCGGAAGGCCAGUCCUUCCCAUUUUGUGCUAGACUGCUAUAUAAGGACCUCACGACAACUCUUCCAACUGAUGUCACUGUUACUUAUCAAGGGACGGAUGCAUUAUCCACCACACAGGAAGAACAGCGAGCAGCCCAUGAAAAUCUGUUUUUUACAAAGCCCCUACAUCAAGUGUUUACUUCAUUUGCAAGAAAAGGAGACAAGCUGGAUAUGAGCCUGGUCUCCUAGAAUAUUAUUUUCAUUGGGAACACAUCAGAAGUAAAAGGAAAUAUUGCACUUUCUGCUCUCAUGACUAAGGUGACUGACUGGGGUUCCAGAAGAACCUUUCAAGAUUAUCAGGACGAGGCCCAUUUCACGUAACUCGGACCACAGAGGCAAGCAGGUCUUCAGACGGAAUGCUUCCAAGUUCUAGCUGGGGACAGAGCAGCUGCCAGCCCUGUCGGAAACAGAGCUGCCCCACCUGUGCUCCCAGCCGGGCCCAAAGGCAGCAGCCUUGUUCCGCCUCUGGUACAUUCCUGCUCACAGUGGCCACGGCCUCUCUGGGGGAGGAGGGCUGGUCGAGACCAGGGCUCUGGAAGGAUUACUCCAAUACUAUGCCUAAGAGCCCUACUCUCUGGGGAAGCUACAGGCACUACAGGCACACCAAGGAAUAGUAUGGCCGCCCUCAGAGCUCACACAUCCAUAAACAAAUGAAGGCUUGAGAUUUUUAAACCUAACGUCUACGUGAGUGUGCACCUCAACAGCUUGGGAAUGCUGGGACUUGGUCACUUGUCCUUUCCCAAGGCCUGCCUUUGAUUCCAGAAAAUACACUCUCCCUCCCGUGUGGACUCUCUUGGGGCUCGAGGCCGUUCAGGAGUUGUCUACUACCUGGUGGGGCAGUGUAACCGAGGAGCCAUUAGGGAACGUGGCUGGCUUCUCUCGCCCCUUCAAGAAGAAGGUUAGCAGCUCCCCCUUCCCUUUCACAAAGAUGGGCCCUCUCCUCACAAAGCGGAAGCCGUACUCUCGAAGGAUGACUUGAGUUUCUUCCACCACCUGUAGAGGGAGAACCGAGAGCGUCGGCUUAGAGAGGGAACCUGGGCCGAGGGGCCCGGUGCUACCCACGCAGGAUCCCCAUCCACAGGCUCCCAGCGCUCUUCUGCCCCUUCCAGCCUGUGUACCGGUUGCGGGGGUGGGGUUUGCCUGGCCCGCCCCUCUGUAACCUUCGUGCUCCCUCUCCUAGGAGGUCAGCCACAGGUCGCCUUCCUUGGCAAGGCUGCUUUUCUGUCCCCUUUGCCCUUCUUGUGGAGCUUUCCUGCCAGAGCCAGUGAUACAGAUCAGGGUGGUUUUGGGGGGAGCUGUUGGAGGCCCAAGGGUCACUGGUUCACACACACAAGAGGCAGG